AUGGAGAACACCCGGGGGUCGGUCCUGCUCGCCAGGGAGAUCGACGAGCUGAGCGACACCAUCACCUCGGCCAAGGCCAAGAUCGCAGAGCUGGAGGCGGAGGUCGAGGAGAAGGCGGCGGAGGUGAAGGCGAUCGAGGAGGAGCUCGAGGCCGCGACCAAGAUCCGCCAGGAGGAGACGGCCGCGCACGCGAAGACGGACAAGGACGACGAGGACGCGGCCGCGACCAUCGUGCAGGCCAUCGAGGUCUUGGAGGGCUUCUACAAGGCCCAGGGCGCGCUCCUCCAGGAGCGCAGGCAGCCCUCGAACGACUACGUGGCGGCUGCCGGCGCGGCGCCGCCGCCCCCGCCCGCGACGUGGGAGAACCCCGCCUACACUGGCAGGGACAAGGAGUCGAGCGGCAUCCUGGCCAUCCUGACCAUGAUCAAGGAGGACAUCGACAAGGACCGGGUCAAGGCCCAGAAGGCCGAGGACGACGCACAGAAGCACUACGACGAGUUCAGCGGAGAGUGCGGGACUCAGAUCGGGGACUUGAAUGGAGCCAUCACCGAGCUGCAGGGCACCAUCGGCGAGAAGGAGACCGAGGUGGAGGAAGCCGUUGGGCAGCGCAGCACCAAGAAGGGUGAACUCACGGCACUCAUCCAGAGCAUCAAGGGGCUGCAGCCAGGUUGCGACUACAUGCUCGUCAAUUACGUCGUGCGGAGUGCCAACCGGAAGAUUGAGAUCGACGGGCUCGAGAAAGCCAAAGCUAUUCUCAAGGGUGCCGCGUUCGACGAGUCGGACCCUAACCGCGAGCUGGUCCCUGGCGACGCCUUGGUUCAAAAGUGA